AUUCUUUUAUCAAUAUUUAGCUACGUUUCUCGUGAAAAUAUUUUUAUAGUUAAUUUAACUGCAUUCAUAUUUGGAAUUGUGAUUGGAUUUACGGGACCAAAUCUUGAGCUUUUUAAGUCUGACAACUCACCAUUACCGUCUGGGAAAAUAACAAUAGAAGAAGAAUCGUGGAUCUCAUCGUUAGCUGCUUUUGGUGCCAUUGGCUUCACACUUUUCUACGGGUUCAUUUCAGAGAAAUGUGGACGAAAAAUUGCCAUUCUUCUUAUUGGAAUUCCACAAACUACCAGUUGGAUCAUCAUGGCCUUUGCUUCGUCUGUCAAUCACAUUUAUAUUUCUCGACUACUUUCUGGAGUUGCUGGUGCCGGCUGGUUCUUUGUAGUGCCAGUUUACAUAGCAGAAAUAGCUGAUAAAACGAUUCGUGGUGGUCUUUGCGCAUCGUUCUCUGUUAUUUGUAACACUGGAAUCUUUUUGGAGUUUAUUCUCGCUGAGUACAUGGAUUUCCGAGACGCUGCAAUCUUGAUUGGAAUUGUGUCAUUAGUUUUUGUGAUCGGCUUUACAUUCAUGCCUGAAUCUCCGCAAUAUUUGAUUUCAAGAAAACGAUACGACGAAGCAGAAAUCUCUUUCAAGUUCUUCAGAGGACUGCAAGCAAAUGAACAAUUGCCACAACAUUUGCAAGAAGAUUUCGAUUCGAUUAAAGAAAUUGGAAAAGAUGAUGGAGAAGAAAAGCAAAUCAGAGAUCUUUUCAAACACAUCGUGAAGCCGGGAGUGAUGAAAACCGUCUUCUUAGCUUGUGUUGUUUGCAAUUUCCCACUUUUGUCUGGUUGCUUCGUUCUAAUCACUUACAAUCAAGGAAUCUUCAAAGCUGCUGACGUUGGAGUUUUAAGCGUCUUUUGGUCAUCGCUGGCUUUCGCUUUCAUUCAAAUUGUCGCUUCAGUUUUCACAGCGAAAUUUGUUGAUCGAGUGGGGAGACGAAAGAUUUUAAUUAGUUCAUCAUUAUCAUCAGCAUUUUGCUUGGCAGUUUUUGCAACGUACAUGUACAUCAAAACAGAAACAAAUGUUGACUUAACGUCACUGUCAUGGGUCAAAUGGAUCCCCGUUAUCAGUUUACUUGUAGAAGUCUUUGUAAGUUCCAUAGGAAUCAUUCCUGUGCCGAACUUUUAUGGACCUGAAAUACUGGAUCAGAAGAGAACGAGCAGAAGAAAUCAAUACAUUUGUGCUUUCUUUGUCAACACCAUAGCUGUGUCGCAUGGUUGCGUGGUCGGUUGGUUAUCUCCAUUCAUACCUUAUCUUCAAUCAUCACAAUCUCAUCUCACCACAGGGCCUGUAACUUCAAAUGAUGUUUCUUGGAUUGGAUCACUGAUGCCUUUAGGUGGAUUUAUCGGAACGACAGUUUUUGGAACGAUAACAGAGAGGCUUGGAAAAAGAAUUUCAUUGUUUAUGCUUCUUGUUCCACACUUGAGCUUUUGGUGUUUGAUUUAUUUCUCAACAAAUGUAAGUCAUCUUUACAUAGCCAGAAUUUUAGGUGGAAUAACUGGAGGUGGAAGUAUGAGAAUUCUUCCACUCUACAUAACUGAAAUAUCUGAAAACAAAAUCAGAGGAACGCUUGGGUCUUUUUACGUCUUAAGCUUGAGCUUAGGAACAUUUCUAAUGUUCGUCAUGGGAACUUAUUUUAACUUUUUUAUUGUCCCUCUGAUCAUUCUGAUUUUCCCAUCGAUAUUUUUCAUCUCAUUAUUCUUUCUCCAUGACACACCAACGUCUUUAAUAUCACGAAAAAAAUUUGAUGAGGCUUUCAUCGCUCUGAAAUUCUACAGAACAUGUGGAAAGGAAAAACAGGAAAAUGUUCAUGAAGAAUUUGAGCUUUUACGAAAAGCUUUGCAAAAGGAAGAUGACAAAAAGUGGACAGUCGAAGAUUUUGCAUCAAAAUCAGCACAAAAAAGUUUCUUAUUGGGUUUGUUUUUGAUAUUCUUGAAUCAAUUUUCUGGGACCUUUGCCAUUAUGACUUACACAGCUGAAAUAUUUAGAGCUUCCGGUUCAAGUUUGAAACCAAAUGAGUCAUCAAUGAUAAUUGGCUUCAUUCAGUUGGUUGGUGUUUAUGUGUCAACGAUCUGCGUUGACCGCUUUGGUCGAAAGAUCUUGAUGUCAAUUUCUUGUUUCGGAACAUCGAUUUUUUUAUUUAUCUUAGGAAGUUAUUCUUAUCUUAAUGCUUCUGGGUUUGAUAUCAGUAAUUUGUCAUGGAUUCCCAUUCUCAGUUUAUCGCUUGUUAUCUUUCUUGCAUCACUUGGAGUCAUCUCACUUCCCUUCAUCAUGAUAACGGAAUUGAUGCCUAGCAAUGUAAAAAGAUUUAUUCACGUUACAAUAGCAAUUGCAAUUUUUCUCUCACGUUCUUUUAUCUUUAUGGUAGUGAAUAUUAUAACUUUAUCUCAUGGAUGCAUCGUAGGAUGGCUUUCACCUUUCAUACCUUAUCUACGUUCAUCAGAAUCUCAUCUAACAUCGGGGUCAGUGAACUCGAAUGAUAUUUCUUGGAUUGGUUCAUCACUAAGUAUUGGAGGGCUUGUUGGAACGAUUGUCUUCGGAAGAAUUGCACAGAAAUUCGGUACUAAGAAAGCUUUAAUUCUUCUCGCCUUUCCACACAUUAUUUUUUGGCUUUUGGUGUUCUUUUCAACAAAUGUUUACCAUCUUUACCUCGCGAGAGGAUUUGCUGGUUUAAGUGGGGGUGGAAUCAUUCGAAAUAUCUCAUUGUAUGUGACUGAGAUAUCUGAGAACAAAAUCAGAGGGAAACUAGGAAGCUACAUGGUAUUGUGGUUUAGUGCUGGAAUUUUAUUGAUUUUUGUUAUAGGAACUCAUUUGAGCUUCUUCGUAGUGCCACUUGUAUUGGUAUUGCUUCCGAUCUCAUAUUUUUUCGGAAUUUUAUACUUUCCUGACACUCCAACUUCAUUGAUAACGUUCAAGAAAAGUGAAGAAGCUUGGAACUCGCUGCUUUUCUUCCGCACUUACGGGAAACAUUCAACUGCAACUGCAAGUGUUGUAGAAGAAUUCAACUUAUUAAAAACUACAUUGGAGAAGAAAGAUUACGAAAAAGUGGAGCUUGAUGAUUUCAUGACAAAACCAGCAAAGAAAGCUCUCGUCAUUGCAAUGUUUCUGAUGUUUCUCAAUCAGUUUUCUGGAACAUUUGCUGUAAUGACUUAUACAGCUGAUAUUUUUAAGCAUUCCGGUUCCGAUAUAAGUGCAAAUAAUUCGUCAACUGUUGUAGCUGUCUUACAAUUGAUUGGGGUUUAUUUAUCAACAAUUUUUGUGGAACGUUGUGGAAGAAAAAUUUUAAUGACAAUAUCAUGUACCGGAGCGUCGUUAUUUCUGCUUAUCCUAGGAACAUAUUUUUAUAUUAAAACAUCAUUUGAUGAAAUGAACCAAUAUUCGUGGAUACCAGUUGUAAGCUUAUCGCUGUACAUUUUCCAUGCUUCUUUUGGCAUCAUUUCACUCCCAUUCGUCAUAACCACGGAGUUGCUACCGAACAAGGUGAGGAAAGCGGCAUGCACAAUAUGUAUGAGUGCUAUAACUGUUCUGGCUUUCAUCGUUCUCAAGAUAUAUCCACCUUCAGUUAAACUUAUUGGAAUUUAUGGAUGCAUGUGGUUUUUCUCAGCUAUUUGCCUUCUUGGUGCUAUUGUUACGAUUAUAUUCAUACCUGAAACUAAAGGAAUAAGUUUGAUAACUUCCGAUGAAGAGAGCCAAAAAAUGUUACCAAAACCAAAAGAAAAGAAUGCUGUGGUGAAAGCACAACAACUUUAAACCAAUGCGAUAAUUUAUAGCUUGAACUCUACAUUUUUCAAUUACAUAUUUAGAUAUUUAUUUAUUUUUCGGAAAAAAUAAAAUAUUUCAAAUCAUAA